AGCUUGCUGAAAUCCAUCCAGAGUGAAGAAGAGGGAAGGGCGCCGGCAAGCAGGCUGCAGCAGCAGCACGACUACUUUCUGAUGGUGAAAAUGGUGACGCAAAAAACGCAAAUUCAUGCGUGGCUCCAAGAUUCAGCUACUCAGAGAUAGCAGGCUCCAUUGCCAGUCGCGACCAGAGGGAGGAUCGUAAUGGUGGAAUGUGGAUCUGACCUCCGACCCUGAACAACAAUCAAUCGCUUCUGUCCAAUUAGAAGUCCCUGGACGCCUCUUUUCAGAUACCUUUGAAGCUCUUGGCAACAUGAUCUGGUUAGCGGUGCUGGUUGCACUGCUAGCGGCCGCAGGCAAUAACAUUGGAAAAGUCUUGCAGAAGAAGGGGACACGAGGGCUGCCCUUGUUAAAGCUGGAUGUGAAAGUUUUGUAUGCUUAUCUGUCAAGCCCCACAUGGACGUUUGGACUUCUUAUUGACGUCUCGGGGGCGCUUCUGAUGAUCAAAGCAGUCUCGGAAGCACCGGUGUCCAUUGUCCAGCCUGUGUCCGGCUGUGGCCUAGCUAUCCUCGCUGUGUUUUCCCACUUCUAUUUGGAGGAGGUCAUGCAGAAGAAAGAUUGGAUAGCAGUCACCUUCGCUGCGCUGGGGACCAUCGGCAUUGGGGUGUCCGCCGAAGAUGGAGCCAAGGAUGAGGUCUCCUUAUGGCAUCUAGCCCUCUUCGGUGCGCUUGUGGGGUCCUUCCUUGGCUUGGUUGAUAUGGUGGCUCAGAGCAGUCGAAGCAGCGUCCGACGGCCUGGAGGAGGCAGCUCGCCUAUGUCACCUGGGGUCCAACUGUAUCAGCAGAGGCCAGACGUUGGUAGCGAGGUUGCGGCAGGGGCGCAGGCUGGAGUUUGUUUCGGUCUUUCGGCGGCCGUCUGUCGUACGGGCUUCCUCUUAGUCCAGGACGGCUACCCAGCAUUCUGCAUCGCGGCUGGAAUCGCUGCAAGCGUAGCUCUUAGCAGCAGCGGAUUCUACUUCCAGACGAGGGGGCUCAAGGAGGGCAGAGCGGUGGUCGUAUCGACUUGCGCUGCUGUCGCGGCCAUUGUGACAGGGGUCUUGGUAGGCAUGUUUGCGUUGGGGGAGCGGCUGCCGUCGGGGCUCGGAGCGAUGACGUUGCGAUUACUUAGCUGGGGCGCCAUCAUAGUAGCUAUUAUUCUACUUCUCCAAUCGAACGUCCCGACUUGGCACGACUUCCGAAGUACGUUCAGACGACUGGGCAGAACUGCGUCGUUGAAGAGAGAAAAACACCCGAGGUCAAGUAGGGGGGGCGGCCAAGGACCUGUCGGCUCAGGCUCCCCCCAAACGGGUCAGGUUACUGUGGCUAUCAGCGAUACACCACCAAAGACGACACCAGAAACUUCAAACAGGCUACACGCUACAUAGUAAUCUUAAACAAUCUCCCUCUAAUCUGCGCGCUUUGCACUAGGGCUGUUUCUGGAGUCUGUUUACCAUGUACAGAUCAGUACACCUUGAUUAACCUAGGUCACUGGAAAGCGUUGAUUUAUGUUUCCGUUUACUCACAACCGUCGUUCGUUAGAAGAUCUAGGGAACCUUAAACGGCCAUGAUAUGAGGUAAAUCACAUGCAGUUCAUCUUUUACCCUAAGUACCUUCAGUGGGCGCUGCUUCACACUCCCAAUGACCAAAAAGUAGUACCCCCGACUUGGCGCAACCUUCUUUGGUACACGUGUUGGG